AGUUGGCAUCACUGCUGCAUUCAAUUCGAGUUCGGGAGUAGUCGCCAGGUCGCGAGUGAAAACGACGCCAAUUGCCUAAAAUUUGAGCAUUUCCAGUAGCAACAGGAUGUCCAUCGACUCUAUGAAGGUAUGUCGUUCCUGUCGGAAACCGAAAUCAUCGGAAUCGAUGUAUAUUUCGCUUGUGGCGGAAUCGACAGAAUCGAUUUCUACCGAGGAUUCCGAGUGUGGCCGCUUGGUCCCGGCAAAAACAAUGUUUGAGUUCGUCACAAGUAUAAAGGUCAAUUCGGGAGAACCCGGCCCGCAAGAAGUGUGUGAAAGCUGUAUGGAUCAAUUAAAAGCUGCGUACAAUUUCCGUAAAAUGUGCAUCGAAUCGGAUUUAAUACUGCGCAAUAGAGACUCUCAAAAAGAUGAUCUACUUCCGGAAAAAUCUAACACUUCUUCAGAGCCAAGUGAAGAAAGCAAUUCGAAAUCUAUGAACGAAUUUCGCAAAGAGCAAGAUUCAUAUCUGUUUAACUAUGAUCAAGCGGAUUACCGAAUAUUGGUAAAUCGAUUCCAUUAUAUAGAGCUGAAUUUUUCAGCACUACGAUGUUGUGGCUGCACCGAAGCUUUUCCAUCGGAGGAAACACUUCUCGAACACUGCAAGCAACAUCAACCAACCGAUGUCACUCAAUGUCCUAUUUGCUUCAACAGAUUUGCUGAUUUCGAUACGCUCGAUGAACAUCUUCAAAAAUCUGGUCGAACGAAUUUGUUCUGUUGCCGAGAAUGUUAUCUUUUGCUGGAUAAAAAGGAAGCACUCUUGAGUCAUCUGCGUGAAAAGCAUGGUCGUUCUUUGGAGGAUUUGGAAAAAGAAAUGGGCGAAACCAUGGAUGAUUCUCAAGACGUUAUGCUGGCGGAUGAGCAGAAUUCAAUUGCGUUUGGACACAGCAUUUUCGACGCGGAACCAAAGGUAGAAUCAAACUUCCGUGUGAGUCACGUCCAAUCUUUGGCCGACAGUCCUGUAAUGGAUACAUUUGCUUUGGGUUUUUGCGAAAUAAGUUCUUCGCUCAGAUUAUCUCAUCUCAGAGAAUCUCAAUACAGGCAAGUGGAACGUGGUGCAGGAUUCACGAUUAUUGAGUUCACCUGGCACCGUUGCUGUGCCUGCACUCAUAUGUUCGCCACUCGGCAAGAUCUGGAUAUUCACUGUACCGAGGAACAUCGGAAAAGCUCUUGGAACCAAAUGGACUUGUUUGGCUCAUCAAAACCAUUCGUUUGCGAGCAAUGCUGGAAACGAUUCAAGAGAAAGAGUUUGUUAAGUUUGCAUCAAAAGUUUAGCAGAAAAAAAAUUUACGUUUGCGACGGGUGUUUGCUGAUCCAGUUUGGACGACCAGCGUUUGAGAAACAUUUGCCGGAGUGCAGCGCCAGUCUUGGUGGGACAGCGCCAGCACACUCACUGUCUAUGAACAAUGUUCCCCAGCAAAUCAAUUCAGGCGGUCAAACGUUUACCAUUCACGAUGUCGAAGAUAAUUCCAAUCAGGAUGAAGAAGACGAUGACGAUGUCUAUAUUCUGGAUGAUUGAAAGCUCAUCAUCUUCCUGGAGCGACCGAAUGUACUUAUAUUACUCUUUUUUUUUAAUUGUAAUUAAUUCAAAUUGUGUUAAGUAAUAUAAACAGCUAUGGGUAU